CUCACCAUCGGAUGGAUGGAAGAGCAGCAACUGCUUGCAAACUCCUCAUAUUAUUCACUGCAUGCAUAAUGCAGGGCAGUUGCCAAGGAUGUGAGCGGGGGCAGUUUCGCUGUGGAAAUGGUCGCUGUAUUCCUGCAGAUUGGAGGUGUGAUGGGGCUAGAGACUGCUCGGAUGAUACAGAUGAAGCUGGUUGUCCACAACCUACCUGUGAAGGAAAUCAGUUUCAGUGUCAGACUGAUGGUGAAUGUAUCCCACAGUCAUGGGUUUGUGAUGAUGAGGAAGAUUGUGAAGAUGGCUCAGAUGAGCAUCAACAAUGUCCGGGAAGGACAUGCUCAAGUCAGCAGUUCACAUGUUCAAACGGACAGUGUAUCCCGAGUGCAUACUGGUGCGAUCGAGUAAAGGACUGCACUGAUGGAACAGAUGAAAGAGUCUGCCACUACCCAAGAUGUGAACAGUUAUCAUGUACAAAUGGAGCAUGUUUUAAUGCAAGCCAGCGAUGUGACGGCAAAGUUGAUUGCAGAGAUUCUUCUGAUGAAGCUAAUUGCACACAUGGAUGUACCAGUACGCAGUUUCAGUGUGCUAAUGGAGAAUGCAUCCCACGAGCCUUUAUCUGUGACCAUGAUGAUGACUGUGGAGAUAGGAGUGAUGAAAACUCUUGCACUUACGCAACUUGCAGAGGCAACUUCUUCACUUGCCCAAGUGGCCGUUGCAUUCAUCAGAGCUGGAUAUGUGAUGGAGAUGAUGAUUGUGAAGAUAAUGAAGACGAAAGAGGAUGCGAAAGUAGUCGCCAUGAAUGCUACCCAGGAGAGUGGGCCUGCCCUGGGUCAGGACAUUGCAUUCCAAUUGGGAAAGUGUGUGAUGGGGCUGCAGACUGCCCUGCAGGAGAAGAUGAAACUAACAUCACUGCGGGCAGACAUUGCAACAUAUCACGCUGUGCUGCUCUGAGUUGCCAGUAUCGCUGUCAUUCUUCUCCAUCAGGAGGGAUGUGUUAUUGCCCUGCAGGAUAUACAAUAAGUAGCAAUGACAGUCGUACUUGUAUUGAUUUUGAUGACUGCAAAAUGUGGGGUGUCUGUGAUCAGCUGUGUGAAGAUCGUGUGGGACAUCACCAGUGCCACUGUGUGGAAGGUUAUUUCCUAGAGCAUCAUCGGCAUUGUCGGGCCAACACUUCAGCUGGUGUUGCAUCAAUUAUUUUUUCCAAUGGCCGUGAUUUACUGAUUGGAGAUCUUCAUGGAAGAAGUUUUCGUACUUUGGUGCAGUCGCAGAAUCGUGGGGUUGCAGUUGGAGUGGACUUUCACUUUUACCUGCACAGAAUCUUUUGGACCGAUACAGUGCAAGAUAAGGUUUUUUCUAUUAAUAUUGAUGGCUCUGAUUUCCAAGAAGUUUUAAAUGUUUCAGUUGACACACCUGAAAAUCUAGCAGUGGAUUGGGUUAACAAUAAACUGUAUGUGGUCGAGACCAGUGUGAACAGAAUAGAUAUGGUUAACUUGGAUGGAACAAACCGUGUGACUCUUAUUGCUGAAAAUCUUGGAAAUCCUAGAGGAAUAGCACUUGAUCCAACUGUUGGUUAUUUGUUUUUCUCAGACUGGGAUAGUCUGUCUGGUGAUCCUAAAGUGGAAAGGGCCUUCAUGGAUGGCACAAACCGUCAGGAUUUGAUAAAAACAAAGUUAGGCUGGCCUGCUGGAAUAACUCUGGAUAUUGUAUCGAAGAGACUUUACUGGGUUGACAGCCGGUUUGAUUAUAUUGAGACUGUAACUUAUGAUGGGCUUCAAAGGAGAACAAUAGCUCAUGGAGGCUCACUGAUUCCUCAUCCAUAUGGAAUAACUUUAUUUGAACACAAUGUUUAUUUCACUGAUUGGACCAAAAUGGCAGUGGUGAAAGCUAACAAGUUUUCAGAAUCUAACCCUCAAGUGAUCUAUCAGUCUUCACUGAGACCUUAUGGAGUGACAGUUUACCAUGCUGCCAGGCAGCCAUAUGUAAGAAAUCCCUGUGGAAGUAAUAAUGGGGGAUGUGAACAGAUCUGUGUUCUCAGCCACAAAACAGAUAACGAUGGACUAGGUUAUCGCUGUAGAUGUAUACUGGGCUUUGAUCUACACAUAGAUGGACGACAUUGUGUUGCUGUGCAGCAGUUCCUGCUGUUUUCAUCCCAGCUGGCAGUCCGGGGGAUCCCAUUCAAUCUCUCCACCCAGGAAGAUGUGAUCAUACCUGUAACAGGGAGCCCUUCAUACUUUGUUGGAAUUGACUUCUGUGCUCAGGAUGACACCAUUUUUUUUUCAGAUACAAGUAAAGACAUGAUCUACAAACAGAAAACCGAUGGUUCGGGAAGAGAAAUCCUGACAGCUAAUAGAGUGGAAAGUGUUGAAGAUUUGGCCUUUGACUGGAUCUCAAAGAAUCUGUACUGGACAGACCCUCGAUACAGGAGUAUUAGUGUGAUGAGGCUGGCAGAUAAAUCUAGGAGAGCUAUUGUUCAGAAUUUAAAUAAUCCUCGAUCAAUAGUGGUUCAUCCUGUUAUUGGGUAUAUAUUCUGGACAGAUUGGUUCCGUCCUGCGAAAAUCAUGAGGGCCUGGAGUGAUGGAUCCCAUGCCUUGCCAAUUGUGAAUACAACGCUAGGCUGGCCUAAUGGCCUAGCCAUCGACUGGAAUUCUCUAAGGCUGUACUGGGUGGAUGCCUUUUUUGAUAAAAUUGAGCACAGCACCUUUGAUGGGCUGGACAGACGGACUCUUGAACGUAUUACUCAGAUGACUCACCCAUUUGGCCUUACUAUUUUUGGAGGUUAUGCCUAUUUCACUGAUUGGAGACUUGGUGGAAUAGUUCGAGUGAGGAAGUCUGAUGGAGGAGAAAUGACUAUUAUUAGGAGGGGCAUUAGUAACAUUAUGCAUGUUAAAGCAUAUGAUGCUCAUUCCCAAAUAGGCUCUAACUACUGUAAUAGAGGAACAAAUCCCAAUGGAGACUGCAGCCAUUUCUGCUUCCCAGUACCAAAUUUUCAGAGAGUUUGUGGUUGUCCUUAUGGCAUGAAGUUGGCUUCAAAUCAGCUGACAUGUGUUGAAGAUCCGUCCAAUGAGCCACCCACUUUGCAGUGUGGCUCCUACUCGUUUUCCUGUGGUAAUGGAAGAUGUGUGCCUCGAUACUAUCAGUGUGAUGGUGUUGAUGAUUGCCAUGAUAACAGUGAUGAACAAAACUGUAGUUCUUUAAACAAUACUUGUGCUUCAUCAGCUUUUACCUGUGCCAGUGGACAGUGUAUUCCAGGUCGCUGGCGCUGUGAUAAACAUAAUGACUGUUUUGAUGGCAGUGAUGAAUUGCAUUGUCCUACACAAGGACCCACUUCAUGCCCUGUAACCCUGUUCACCUGUGAUAAUAGAAGAUGUAUUCCUAGAAUCUGGCUAUGUGAUACUGAUAAUGACUGUGGUGAUGGGUCAGAUGAAAAAAACUGCACUUUCACAGGUACUUGUGAACCCAGGCAAUUUCAGUGUCCGGAUCAUCGCUGUAUUGACCCAUUCUACGUCUGCGAUGGAGACAAAGACUGUAUAGAUGGUGCUGAUGAACAUGACUGCAUAUAUAACUGCAGUGCCACAGAGUUUAAAUGUCUAAGUGGAGACCAGUGUAUCAGCACUUACUACCAGUGUGAUGGUGUUUUUGACUGUAAUGAUCACUCAGAUGAGACUGAUUGCCCUACAAGACCACCAGGGAUGUGCCACCAGAACGAAUUCCAAUGUCAAUCAGAUGGCAAUUGUGUUCCUGCUAACUGGGAAUGUGAUGGCCAUCUUGACUGUGCAGAUGGCUCAGAUGAACAUCAUAGAUGUCCUGCCAAGACCUGUCCUCCAUCUCUUUUCCGCUGUGAUAAUGGCAACUGUGUCUAUCGAGCAUGGAUCUGCGAUGGUGAUAAUGACUGCAGAGAUAUGAGUGAUGAGAGAGAUUGUCCUACUCAACCCUUCCGGUGCCCCAGCUGGCAGUGGCAAUGUCCAGGUCACAGUAUCUGUGUGAAUCUGAGCAAAGUAUGUGAUAAUUCUGCCGAUUGUCCUAAUGGAGCUGAUGAAUCCCCAUUGUGUAAUGAACCCCAGCCAGAUCAGGAGAGCUGCUCUGACAAUAAUGCUGGCUGCACUCAUGAAUGUAUUCAAGGACCCUUUGGAGCUCAGUGUACCUGUCCUAUGGGAUACCAGCUUGCAAAUGACUCCAAGACCUGUGAAGAUAUUAAUGAAUGUGACGCUCCAGGCUUUUGUAGUCAGCAUUGUUACAAUGAGAGAGGGUCUUUUAGGUGUUACUGUGAUGAAGGAUACAUUCUAGAAACCAAUGGGAAGACUUGUAAAGCAGCAGAGUUUCGGAAUCUUCUUUUGCUGGUGGCAAGUCGUAACCAAAUUGUUGUGGACAACAUCACCUCUCAGUCACACAGUAUUUAUUCUCUGGUUCGGGAUGGGAGGAAUAUUGUGGCUAUUGAUUUUGAUUCAAUCACAGAUCGUAUCUUUUGGUCUGAUACAACACAGGAUAAAAUUUGGAGUGCUUAUCAAAAUGGGACUGACCGAAAAAUAGUGUUUGACAGUGGUGUCACCGUGACUGAAAGUAUAGCGGUAGAUUGGGUAGGUCGAAAUCUUUACUGGACAGACUUUGUUCUGGAAACAAUUGAAGUCUCUAAAAUGGAUGGGAGCCACAGGACUGUGCUGAUUAGUGAAAAUAUAACAAACCCAAGGGGACUAGUGUUAGAUCCCAGAAUUGAUGCUCAUGUAAUGUUCUGGACUGACUGGGGCCAAAACCCUCGAAUUGAAAAAGCCAGCAUGGAUGGCAAAAUGCGAACAGUGAUUAUUAACAAUAAAAUCUACUGGCCCAAUGGACUCUCCAUUGAUUACCCAAACAAACUUCUCUAUUUUGCUGAUGCUUAUCUUGAUUAUAUUGAUUUUUGUGAUUACAAUGGAAACAACAGACGACAGGUGGUUGCAAGCGAUCUGAUAUUGCAGCAUCCACAUGCUCUAACUGUCUUUGAAGAUUUUGUGUACUGGAGUGACCGCUAUACUAAUCGAGUAAUUCGGGCCAAUAAAUGGCAUGGAGGAAACCAGACAGUUAUGAUUUAUAACAUUCACCAGCCUUUGGGGCUUGUGGCAGUCCAUCCUGUAAAGCAACCUAAUGGUAUCAAUUCUUGUGCAUCGUCCCCCUGUAGCCACCUCUGUUUGCUUUCUUCAUCUGGACCCCUUUUCUUUUCCUGUGCUUGUCCUUCAGGAUGGAUGCUUUCUCCUGAUAACAGGAACUGCAUGAGAGUUGAACACCCUUUCCUUAUUGCUGUAAGAGAUAAUAUAAUUUAUGGAAUUUCUCUGAACCCUGAGGAGAAGACAAAUGAUGCUAUGGUUCCGAUAGCAGGAGUUCAAAAUGGUGUUGAUGUUGACUUUGAUGACUCCGAACAGAUGAUUUAUUGGGUUGAAAAUCCG